UCUUAAUCAUCUUGAUUAAUUUAGUUGCAUCUCUUUGACUUGUAUCACUUUCGUUUACAAUUGAUGAUAAAUUUUCUGUCUUAUUAUUAUGAUUUCCAAUGUGUAUAAAUUAACGACGUUAAUUGUUAUCAUAAUAUAAUCAUAAUUAAUUAAUUGUGACAUUUUCUCUCUCUCUCUCUCUUUUCUCUGUGAAUUAUUAAUUGUUUUCAAUUACGAACAUUAAAUCAAAUCAGCAAACUGGUAUUCGAAGUCUUUGUCUACCUCAUCCUUUUGUUUUCUAAAAAAAAUCUUAUUUUUUUUCUUCUUCUUUAAUAUUUUCUAAUCUCUCUCUCUCUCCCUCUGUGUAUUUGUGUCUUUCUUACCUGUUCAUCUCUAUGGAUCAAUAAUCACCUUCACAAUCAACACAAUCACUUAAUCACAAUUAGUAUACAUGCUAACCAAUAAUAGUAAAAAUUUAAUUGUCACCACACUAGAAGGAUUAUCAUCACCAUGUGGAUUACAACACCAUCAACCUUUUUAACAUUUCAUAGUCCAAUUGUCCGUAAUAAAACAAUAGAAGAGUGUCUUGCUGUUCGUGAUUACCUAACCUAUGAGGCGAGAUGUGACUUUGUUCAAAACAAUCACGAUUGUAAUACAACUUUAUCGUUAAUUGAUUACAAUCAAUUCCUAUUUUGUGGAUUUGAACCUGAAAAAAUUGCCUAUGGAGUAAUUAUCUGUAUUACCUGGGCUUUAGUACUAUUUCUGGCCUUAGCUGUAACUGCCACCGAUUUCCUCUGUCCAGCUCUGUUUUUAAUAUCAAAAAUUUUGGGUCUAUCUCAAGACGUUGCCGGUGUAACAUUAGUCGCUUUCGGCAAUGGGUCAGUCGAUAUAUUUGCCGCUAUAACGGGAAUGAGACAAGGAAGACCUGACCUGGUUAUCGGUGACCUUCUAGGUGGUGGCAUGUUUGUAUUACUUUUUGUCAUUGGAACUUUAUUUUCAAUCAAACCAUUUAAAUUGUUGCCAAUUCCAUUUAUAAGAGAUUUAAUUUUUUACUUCAUUGGUGUUACAUGGAUAUUUUAUUUAUUCAUAGUAAUUAAAUGUGUCCGAAUCUAUGAUGCUGUAGGACUUUUAAUCCUCUAUGUUGUUUACGUUGCAACGGUAAUAAUUAUCGGCAGAUUUGAUAAAACUCCCGGCGGAGGAUUUGGUCAUGGACAUGGCCAUGGCCGUGAUUCCGAGGAUGAAGGGAUUACAUUUGAAGGGAUUACUCCUGACAUUGAUCCAAAUGAAAACAUGGUUGUCAUGAAGGGUUUUGUCAUGAUUAGUGAUAAACCGGCACCACCACCACCCCCUCGGAAUACAGAUUAUCCAACGAUAUUGAAACCGUCAAAUUUACCCGCCAUCAUACCGAUAAUCAAGAUAAAUAAUGAAGAUUCAAAGAGCGAGCUCUCAAUCGGCGGUGGUGAAUCUCAGAUGAGGAAAAAAUCACCGAGUAGAGUUUCAAUCUUCGAAGAUAAUUCGGUUUACAGUACGGUGACUAGUGUGAACGAUGUUUAUGCGACUCGAAGUUCACGUCGAUCACGAGCAUCGAGUAUCUUUUCAAUUAGUCAAACUCAAAUUCUUCAAAUAAGACGAGCAUCUCGAGAAUUUUUGGAAAGAAUUACUCCAAUCGAUGUGAUGACAUGGAAAAGGCAAAAUUGGGGAUUUCGAACUCUCGAAAUAAUCAAGUCACCAAUUCGAUUGUUCUUGUUAUUAACAACUCCAAUGGCCGAUGUCGAGGAUAAAGGCGAAUGGAACAAAAUUUUAAGUGCCUUGCAUUGUGUCACUGGUCCUUUAUUUGUCGUCUUCGCUCUAGGAUAUGGAGGAACUUGGAUUGGGCAUUAUAUUCCCGUCGCGUUGAUUGUUUUCGUAGCCGCUGCUCUAUUAGCGGUCUUGUUAAUUUGUAAAUCACAUUUCGAAACAGCUCCUCGUUAUUAUAAAAACUAUUCCGCUUGUUUAGCGUUUAUUGUUGGUGUUACCUGGAUUUAUACGAUUGCCAACGAAUGUGUAUCAAUAAUCAGGACUUUGGGUGUUGCUUUCGGUAUUUCAGAAAUCGCCGUUGGAAUGACCAUUCUUGCCGUUGGUAAUUGUUUCCUUGAUUUUGUCGCAAACGUUGCAAUAACCAAACGAGGCUACCCAAGGAUGGCUGUUGGUGCUUGUAUUGGUGCUCCUCUUUUAUCUCUUCUAAUUGGUGUUGGAAUCCCGACAACAUUAAAAAUAGCUCCAGAUCCAUCAUCCGUAAUUCCGCUCGAACCUUCCGUCCUAAUUGUUGUCAUUUAUGUUGCUCUUAGUGCGACAAUUUGGUUAACCAUAAUCGUGACAAUUAUUUUAAAAUUUCGAGCUACUCGGCCCUAUGGAAUAUUCUUGGUCACUCUUUACGUCCUUUUACUCAUUCUCGUAUUUCUUGUUGAAAAGAAAGUAAUUGUGAUUCCACUUUUCGAUUAACAACAAUUUAGAAUAAUCAUCAGAAAUUUAAUUUACUUGAUUUGAUCAAGACCAAUCCAAUGUCCAUCCAAUUGGUCAACACUUGAUUUCGUCCAAUUUACAAUGUAUCAAAAUCGAUAACCAAACAACUUUAUUAUUAUUAUUUCGUUAUUGAUUGGGAAGGGGAAAAUAAUAAUAUUCUUGUAUUAUAAUUGUCAAAAUUUCCCAUUGAUUAGAAUAAGCCUGAUGAAUGACAAUUUGGUUGGAUCGCAAUCAAAUUUGGACUCACUUAAAUUCCUAUCGAUUUCCUUUUCCGCAAUUUCUUUAUCAUCUUACUUUAUAUUAUCUCUCUCUCUCUCUCUCUCAUCAUAUUUUUACAAUUUAAUGACUAAUUAACAUUGUUAAAUCAUCUUUUUUGUUUUUCUCUGUAAAUUGUUAGCAUCAUCAAUGCAAAAUCUCAUAUUGUUUUUAUUAAUUUCUUUUGAAACAAAUGCUAUUUAAUUACAAUUAUAUUUCAUCCUCUUAAUUGUAUCUAUA